AUGAAUAGACAAGUCUGCAAGAAGUCCUUCAGUGGCAGCAACCAGGGCUUCUCAGGCCGCUCCGCCGUAGUCUCCGGAAGCAGCAGGAUGAGCUGUGUGGCCCGCUCAGGGGGAGCCAGUGGAGGGGCCUGUGGGUUCCGGGGUGGGGCAGGUGGCUUUGGCAGUCGCAGCCUCUACAGCCUGGGUGGCAACAAGAGCAUUUCCAUCAGCGUGGCCGGUGGCUCCCGGGCUGGUGGGUUUGGGGGAGGGCGUAGCAGCUGUGGCAGUGGCUUUGGGGGCAGCUAUGGAGGUGGCUUUGGUGGUGGCUUUGGUGGUGGCAGAGGAAUGGGAGGUGGCUUUGGAGGGGCUGGUGGCUUUGGAGGGGCUGGUGGCUUUGGUGGAGCUGGUGGCUUUGGAGGGGCUGGUGGCCUUGGAGGGGCUGGUGGCCUUGGUGGGGUUGGUGGCUUUGGUGGGCCUGGUGGCUUUGGUGGACCUGGUGGCUUUGGUGGACCUGGUGGCUUCCCCGGGGGAAUUCAGGAAGUGACAGUGAACCAGAGCCUCCUGCAGCCCUUCAAUGUGGAGAUUGACCCCCAGAUUGGGCAAGUGAAGGCCCAGGAGAAGGAGCAGAUCAAGACCCUCAACAACAAGUUUGCCUCCUUCAUCGACAAGGUGCGGUUCCUGGAGCAGCAGAACAAGGUGCUGGAGACCAAGUGGAAUCUGCUCCAGCAGCAGACCACAGGCACUGGUUCAGGCCCCAACAACCUGGAUCCUUUCUUUGAAUCCUACAUCAGCUUCCUACGCAGGCAGUUGGAUUUGGCUCUGGGGGAAAGGGGGAACCUGGAAGGAGAGCUGAAGAACAUGCAGGACCUCGUGGAAGACUUCAAAAAGAAGUAUGAAGAAGAGAUCAACAAGCGCAAUGCGGCUGAGAAUGAUUUUGUGGGGCUCAAGAAGGAUGUGGACGCAGCAUACAUGAACAAGGUGGAGCUACAGGCCAAGGUGGACAGCCUGACAGAUGAACUGAACUUCCUGAGGACCCUCUAUGAGAUGGAGCUGUCUCAGAUGCAGAGUCAUGUCAGUGACACCUCCGUGGUCCUUUCGAUGGACAACAACCGCUGCCUGGACCUGGACAGCAUCAUCGCCGAGGUCAAGGCUCAGUACGAGGACAUCGCCCAGAGGAGCAAGGCAGAGGCUGAGGCACUGUACCAGACCAAGCUUGGGGAGCUGCAGACCACGGCUGGCAGGCAUGGGGAUGACCUGAAGAACACUAAGAGUGAGAUCAUGGAGCUCAACAGGAUGAUCCAGAGGCUGCGGGCUGAGAUCGAGAAUGUUAAGAAGCAGAACACCAACCUGCAGGCGGCCAUUGCUGAAGCUGAGCAGCGUGGAGAGCUGGCCCUCAAGGACGCCAAUGCCAAGCUCCAAGAGCUGCAGGCUGCCCUACAGAAGGCCAAAGAUGACCUAGCCCGGCUGCUGCGGGACUACCAGGAGUUGAUGAACGUGAAGCUUGCGCUGGACAUGGAAAUUGCCACCUACCGAAAGUUGCUGGAGGGCGAGGAGUGCAGGAUGUCUGGAGAGUGUCAGAGUGCUGUGAGCAUUUCAGUGGUCAGCAAUGUCACCAGCACCAGCAGUGGCUCUGUUGGAAGCCGUGGAGGGGUCAGUGGCAGCAGCAGCAGUGGCUACAGAGGUGGCAGCAGCAGUGGCAGCAGAGGCAGUGGCGGCUACGGAGGGGUCAGCGGUGGUGGCUACGGGGUCAGCAGUGGCACCAGUGGGGGCUACCAGAGUGCCAGCGGUGGAGGCAGGCUCAGCAGUGGAGGUAGCAGCUCUGUGAGCCAGAGUGGAGUAGGCUCCAGUUCUGGUGGCAUCCAGACCUCGGUAGGCGGUGGCUAUACUAAGUCUGGCAGUGGAGGCAGCACCAGCAUCCGCUUCUCCCAGACCACCAGCUCAAGCCAGCACUGCUCCAAGUGAUCCUCUGGGGUCAAGUGUCCAUGCCCACCUGUAUCCCUCUCAGCCUGCCAUGGUACCUCCUGCUCUGCUUGGCAUCAACAAAGGCCAACCUCAACCUCGCUUUUCCUCAAGUUCCCUGGAUAAGGGGCUGAACUUAUUCCUGACUCUUCCAUCUUCAAGACCUCUCCUAGGCCAGGAAGGUCCAGCUGCUAGUCCUCAACGAUGAUGCUCCCAGAUGAGCCUGUGAUGGCUCCUGAUGAUGGUAGCAAUACCUGAGCCAUACCACUAUGGGCUUUUCCAGCUUGGCCUGUUCCCACCCUGGCCCAUAUCCCUUUCUUACUGGGAGUUGAUGAUCUGAAGUAAGCAUGUUUCAGCCCUGCUGAGGAGGGAGGUGCUAGAGAAUGAAUGGUCAAGUUCUCUGGACUGUUGGUUCUCAGGGUGCCCUCUUCACAUUGGCAUCAUGUCCUGACCUUACCUUUGUCCCCUUAAUUUCCCCAGCUGUGGAGCCUCUGGUGAUGAUUAUG